AUGUCGCACGACCACCAUCUCCAGCUUCCAAAGUUCAUCUGGCCGAUCAGGAUUGUACAGCUUGUACUCUCAGUCAUUGUCCUCGGUCUCUCAGCCGCCAACGUCGAUGUCGCCUCCUUCGACGCACAUGCUUUCGCCGUCUUUACGAAGUCCGGAGAAGAGGUCGAUCUACAGCGACUACCAGGGAGUGUUUCAGGCGGCGAUCGCGUUCAGCGUAAUACAGUUUCUUUAUCGGCCUCGCGGGUUGGCGUCGACACUCAUCAGGUCGUUCCGCGCGCGGCGCUACGACAACGCCUGCGGUAG